UCUGUCCGUAACGUGUCGAACCGUAGUCGGUCGAGUGAACUGUCGCACAGUUCGACCGACGAAGUCCUUCUUCAAUCCAGAAGAGCCCUAUAGAGAAAGCGCGACGGCUCCUAUAUCUGAGAAUUUCCUUAUCGCGAGGAGUUACGCCAGACACCAAAACCCUCGAAUCCCUCCGCUCUUUCCGUACAAGAAAUUAAAUUUAACGGCGGACGAGUAUCGCUAUCAUCUCGCGGCUCGAAGGGCCAUUAAAGGUAUUAUUCGAUCCGCUAGCGUGGAAACAUAGCCCGUACCUGAUGAGUAUUCGAUGGACGUGCGGACAUAUGGUGAAGCAGAGAAGAUUUAUUGGGAAUACCAACAACAAAAUGAUCAAUAUACGGAAACGUUCGUAGACGUCUUAGAGGGAUAAUUUAAUUCGCACGGUCCGAAUGUGAGAAACGUUGUUCCUCAUGAGUUAAACACGAAAGCAGGUCUUGCAGGUUUUGAAGCUUAUCAGGAAUAUCACGGAGACAACUGUUCACAUUGCGGAGCUGAAGAUGUGUUGUUGCACGUUGUAAGAAGAGUUAUAUAGAUUCGUCGAUCGGGUCGCGAAACAUAUUGGCAGGUUUCCGCGAGCCGGAAGACGAGUGCUAGAUCCGUCACACAGAUCUAGAUGUGAUCGCACUUGUGAUUCUAUUUCCUUUGUUGUAUUUUGUCCAGCGAGACUUUUUAGAGAGACUUUUUAAAGAGAUUUUUUUACUUUCUUAUUACGAUUUUAGAUACUAUCGUUCAUUUUACGGAGAAGGAGGCGUAAGCCAAAGUAUAAUCGAGAGUAUUAUCCGCAGUAUUCAUUACGUUUGCUCAUAACUCUCGCGGUAUCAAUAUAAAGGAAAUUAAAAUUUGCAUAUCGCAAUUGAGAAAACACGUGGUCGAACUCCGUGGGGGAAAAACGGACGAUGUUUUAAUUUGCAAAGCCCAAAACUGAAUUUUCGACCCUCGUGCGCCACGCCGCGAAGCGGAGUUUCGUCAUAAUGAGUCGUUAAUUGAAAAUGCACAAUGACGCAGCGAAUCUAUCCGUUAUCCACGAAUCCCCGCGAGGGGUCACCGGAUAUCCAAAUGGAGACGCUCAUGGCAAAUCACUCCCCCCACCAGGGAAAGAUCCUCUCGAGAUACACGCUACAAGACAAGGAGAAGGAUAAACACGAAGCCGAAUACAUGCUAUGGGAAAAUGGCAAAGAAAUGGAAUUCAUACCAUCGGAAACGAAGGCGGAGGAAAAGGAGGACAAACCGUCGGAGCCGCCAUCGCUGCCACCCGUGCCAUACUACAAACUGUUUCGAUUUGCGACGUGGGGCGAGUUGAUGCUGGUCUUCUUAAGCCUGAUACUGGGUGGCCUCGUAGGCUUGACCAUUCCAGUUUCAAUCAUUCAAUAUGGUGAAUUCAGCACUCUGCUAUUGGAUCGUCAUAGGAAUGACACAACCACACCAACCGUCAUAAUGCCGUGGUUCGGGGGUGGCAAGAUUUUACCUGCUAAUGCAACUCACGAAGAGAAGAUGGACGCUCUUUAUGACGAUUCGGUGGCUUUUGGCGUCUCCUGCGCGGCGCUAUCGGCGAUUAUGUUCGUCCUUUGCAUGACCAUGGUCGACUUGCUCAAUCUCGCUGCCUCUAGACAAAUCUCCAGGAUACGCAAGAUGUUUCUAAGAUCCGUUCUUAGGCAAGACAUGUCGUGGUACGACACGAACACGUCGACCAACUUCGCGAGUAGAAUUAACGAUGAUUUGGAGAAGAUGAAGGACGGCAUGGGAGAAAAGUUAAGUGUCAUCACGUAUUUAAUGACCUCGUUCUUCGCUUCUGUCAUCAUCUCGUUCGUGUACGGCUGGAAGUUGACCCUGGUCAUGCUAAGCUGCGCGCCGAUCAUAAUAAUCGCUACAGCCUUUGUCGCCAAGGUGCAAAGUUCACUCUCGGCUAAGGAGCUGGCGGCCUACGGUCAGGCCGGUAGCGUCGCCGAGGAAGUUCUUGCCGCCAUCAGGACCGUAGUCGCUUUUAACGGCGAGCAGAAAGAGGUGGAAAGGUACUCGGAGAAACUCGUGCCCGCGGAACGAACUGGCAUCAGGAGAGGCAUGUGGUCCGGAAUCGGCGGCGGCAUCAUGUGGUUUAUCAUAUAUCUCAGUUACGCGUUGGCGUUUUGGUACGGGGUGCAAUUAAUCCUGGACGACCGCUCGAAAGAAGUAAAGGAGUACACGGCAGGGGUAUUAGUGAUCGUGUUCUUCGGCGUUUUAACCGGCGCGCAAAACAUGGGCCUGACCUCGCCGCUUCUCGAGGCAUUCGCGAUGGCGAGGGGUUCCGCGGCCGCGGUAUUCAACGUCAUCGAUCGCGUGCCGUCGAUCGACAGCCUCAGCAAGGAGGGUCGCCGGCUGGACACCGUCAACGGUGAGAUCGAGUUCAGGAACGUCGCGUUCCGCUAUCCGGCGAGGAAGAACGUUCAAGUGCUCAAGGCGCUGAAUCUGAAGAUCAAUCGCGGCGAAACGGUGGCGCUCGUAGGUGAAUCCGGAUGCGGUAAAUCCACCUGUGUGCAGCUCGUUCAACGGCUCUACGAUCCCCUCGAAGGACAAGUCCUGCUGGAUGGGGUCGACGUGUCGACGUUGAACGUUCAAUGGCUGCGCUCGCACAUCGGCGUGGUCGGUCAGGAGCCGGUGCUCUUUGACACAACGAUACGCGAGAACAUCCGUUACGGAAAUGACAGCAUUACCGAGGAGGAGAUGAUCAAAGCCGCAAAGGAAGCGAACGCUCACGAUUUCAUCAGCAAACUACCGGAGGGAUACGACAGUCCAGUGGGCGAGAGAGGCUCUCAAAUGUCGGGUGGACAAAAGCAGAGAAUCGCCAUCGCACGUGCGCUGGUGAGAAAUCCGGCGAUUCUUCUGCUGGACGAGGCGACUUCUGCAUUGGACGUUCACAGCGAGGCGACCGUGCAGAGAGCCCUUGACGCGGCAGCGAAGGGAAGAACGACGAUUAUAGUCAGUCAUAGACUCUCCACCAUCACGAACGUCGACAGGAUCGUGUUUAUUAAGGACGGGGUCGUCGUCGAGCAAGGGACCCACGAGGAAUUGAUGGCGCUCAAAAAAUACUAUUACGGACUGCAUUCCGUCCACGUGGAGAACGCAGCUAAAGAUAGGGCCAGUGCUGCCAAGAGGACUGCUGCCAAGAUCGCAAUGUCCCCGAAGAUGAGGAAGAAUCCGCCGUUGAGCAAACAAUUUUCCACGUUAUCCGCACACUCCCAUCGACUCUCUCUCGCGAGAUCCGAUUCCUCAGAGGAGGAUUUGGAAGAGUACGAGAAACCUUAUGACGCGCCUAUGAUGAGGAUAUUCGGAUUAAACAGGCCGGAAUGGCCAUUAAAUUUGACCGGAUGUAUCGCGGCAGGGGUGGUAGGCGCUUCCUUCCCAGCCUUCGCUAUUAUAUUCGGUGACAUUUACUGGGUACUGAAUCUUCCCGAGCCCGCCGACGUCAUGAAAUAUACCAUUUUCCUCUCGAUACUCUUCAUUGUCAUCGGCGUGAUCACAGGUAUCAGUACUUUUCUGCAAAUGUACAUGUUCGGCCUGGCAGGCGUGCGUAUGACGACGCGAAUAAGGAAGACGGCGUUCAGCGCGAUGCUGAAGCAAGAGAUGGGCUGGUACGACGAGGACUUGAAUAGCGUAGGCGCGCUCUGCGCGAGGCUCUCAGCGGACGCCGCGGCCGUUCAAGGCGCGACUGGAACUCGCAUAGGCUCCAUGCUCCAAGCCUUCUCGACCCUCGUGAUCGGAAUCGGCAUAUCCUUGUAUUACACCUGGAAGAUGACGCUGGUCUCGGUGGUGUCAAUCCCGCUGGUGCUCGCCGCGGUGUUCUUCGAAGCGCGAGUCAUGGGCGGCCAGGGUAUGCAGGAGAAGAAGAAAAUGGAGUCGGCCACUCGGGUAGCCGUCGAGGCGAUAACCCACAUACGUACGGUCGCCAGUCUCAACAAGGAGGACGUCUUCUUCAAGAGAUACUGCGUGGAACUGAACCGCGUCGCCCAGGCAACGAGAAUCAGAAACAGGCUGAGAGGUUUAGUGUACUCGUGCGGCCAGACCACGCCGAUGUUCGGUUACGCCAUAAGUUUGUAUUACGGAGGAUAUCUGGUGGCCAGAGAGGGACUCGAGUACGAUAAAGUCAUCAAAGUGUCGGAAGCGUUGAUCUUCGGCUCGUGGAUGCUCGGACAGGCGCUCGCCUUCGCGCCGAACUUCCAAACGGCUAAGAUCUCGGCGGGCAGAAUCUUCAAGCUGCUCGACAGAGUUCCAGAAAUCACUUCGCCACCGGGCUCAGAGGGAAAGGAUUUAGACUGGAAGGCAGACGGCUUGAUACAAUAUUCGAAGCUCAACUUCCAUUAUCCGACGCGGCCGGAGAUGCCGGUGCUCAAUGGGCUGAAUCUGAUCGUGAAACCGGGCCAGAUGGUGGCCCUCGUGGGUCAGAGUGGCUGCGGGAAAUCCACCUGCAUUCAACUGCUGCAGCGGCUUUACGAUCCGCUCUCCGGCACCGUGACAUUGGAUCGACGUGACAUCGCCUCGGUUUCGCUGGGCAGGCUCAGAUCGCAGCUCGGCGUCGUCGGGCAGGAGCCGGUGCUCUUUGACAGAACGAUCGCGGAGAACAUCGCUUAUGGCGACAACAGCCGACAAGCGGCCAUGAACGAGAUCAUCGAGGCCGCCAAAAUGUCAAACAUCCAUACAUUCGUCUCUUCGCUACCAUUGGGUUACGACACGAGGUUGGGAUCAAAGGGCACUCAGCUUAGUGGUGGGCAGAAGCAACGAAUAGCAAUCGCACGUGCGCUAUUGAGAAAUCCUCGAGUCUUACUGUUGGACGAAGCCACUUCAGCCCUCGAUACUCAGAGCGAGAAGGUCGUGCAGGCGGCCCUGGACAAGGCCAUGCAGAACAGAACGUGUAUCACCAUAGCCCACCGUCUGGCCACUAUAAGGAACGCCGACGUGAUCUGCGUGCUCGAUCGGGGAUCCGUGGCCGAGAUGGGCACUCACGACGAUCUGAUGGAGGCCGAUGGUCUCUACGCUCACUUGCACAAUCUUCAGGAGUCGACUAUACAGUAGUAGAAGACCGACCAGGCGUCGGAUUCCUUCGCUUUUUCCUUCUUCGCGCGCGACUCGGCCGUCGCGGUGCAUCGGGCAUCUUGAAGACGCGUGAACCGAAUCGGAAACGCGGUCGAGCGCGCGGAAAGCGGAGGAGAAUCAAACCGCGCGAAGACCACAGAGCGGAACUCGAGUGGCCCGCCGUCGCCACCACCGAGAGGCUCGUCGGCCACGAGAUGUCGAGGAACACAAGCGACGUUCAAAGGAACGGAUGCGCCAGCACAGAAGACGGAUCUUGUAGCUUUACGGAGGUUUCAAUGGCUUAUUCACCGAUUCCGCAGCAAGCACGACAGGCAGCACCGUUCGCGGUUCAGAUCACUAAUCGAGGAUCGAGUGACUUAUUUGCGACGUAAACUCAGUCGCAAAUCGAAAUCCGGGCUUUUAUUAAUGUCAGAAUUCUUGAAUUUAAGUUUCAGCGCCAUAGUGAGACACACGCGGUUUGAAUAAUCCCAUCAACUUAUCGCUCUGCAUUCAUCGUUUUACACAUGUCGAUACGAGUAAAUUACGAUAGCAUUACCGCGACUUUUUGACGACUGAAAUACGCAUUUGCAUAUUUUGACAGAUAUUUCAUUAAGUUAGCGCGUGUCUUACAAUUAGAUAAGUAGUCCUCAUUCGUACUAACUGAUGAAGGUUGACGAAGCGAAUGAAUAUUCGCCCACUCUUUCCCGGCCUUUUUCCCCUCUGCAUUUUCUCUAUAUGACCAUUUCAUCCGUGCUUAUCACUUCUUCUCUGAUAGUUUUAUAAAAAAUGUUUUUGCGGCUGAUAGAUUUAAGUCCCCCGUCAAAAGCCUUUUACCGGGGACAUGCACGUUACUUUCUCCUGGCGGCCACGUUACUUCAUUAGGCAUUGUACCUUGCGCACCCACGUAACGAUCCAUCCUUCUAGACGGCGAAACGCGUCACAUGGCAUUAUUCAUAAUGGCAAGCGACAUAAUAGACUUUACCGUCCCUCCAUCCCGCUGUUAUUCGUACGCGUCGACUUUUCUCCCCGAGGCAUUUUCUCAGGUAAUAAUAUUUCUUCGUGCGCGCGCACCACGCAGAGUUCCUACGAUCUUUAUGAGAGCCGUCAUAUCUCGUGACGAGUGCUAGGAAAUUUGGCCGUUCUUCUUUUUAUAUAAGAAGAAAAGACACAAUCGAGUAGAAAAAGAAAAUAUACAGGAUUCUUUCGUUAAUAUCAGAACCAAGAAUUUAUCAUCCACAUCCGCUAUUCUAUCCUGCCGGUCGAACGAAAGAUCGGUGCUUUGGUCUGAAUAGAUGCAAUUAGCGUAAUUAAUGUUAUUGAUCUAAUACGCCCCUCUCGUGUCCCGCUAGAUUAGAUAGACAAUGUAGCCGAAUCGAUCGAUUUGAGAAACGUAAUUCGUGUAACAAGGCGUGAAAGUGGCGACAGGUGUUCAAGGACAUGACAUAAGAGUACUCCUCCAUCGCCGUUGCCGUCGUCGUCGUAAUUUCGACAGCGCCGUAGCGGCACUUUAAGCGACGUAGCAUAAAAAAUGUAUAAGUAUUUCUCCAGGAAUAAUAUACGCUCCGACCGCACCCGACCCUACGCGUUUCCUCAUUUCUCCUCUUUUACCUGAAAAAUUCAGAUGUUCAUCUUUAUUCUCUCGCGCAGUAAAAGGAGGG